AUGAACACAUGCGAGGUGCAGGACGUCGCUAGUCUGCGGCUAGCCGACCACAUUUGUAUCUGGGAUGCAAGUCGCUGGCCAUUCCGAUAUACACACCACGGUGUUGUGUUUGCUACUGGAAAGUCAACUGAUGAGAUCUCAAUCGCUCACGUUUGGUCCCGCAAGACAGGAUUGCGUGAGUCACAGGCAGACUCUAAAUUUCAGCUUACGAGUCUUACUGAAUUUCUGAACGGUCGGUCGCUAUCAGACAUGCGUCGUGUGCAGUACAACUCUUCGCUGGUUGCCGAAGCUAGCUCGUCGUUAGGUGAAGUACAUCGUACACAUGCGGAUGCACCGCCGGUGGUACUGGCCCGCUGUCGCUUUUUAUUAGGACUCGGCCAGGGACAUUUUAGUAUUUUGUCGCUUAAUUGCGAACAUGUUGCGCUGUGGUGCACUACUGGUGUAGGCUGGUCAAAGCAACUUUUAUCCUGGACAGAGACGAAAGUUCCAUUUUUGACGUCGUCAGCUAAGGCCUUUCAGGAAUUAGAGCAUUUGCGCUCCGAGCUGCAAGACAUUCGAGACGCUGCGAUGGAGAAGAACAAAAAGCUUCAGGAUUUAGCAGGAAAGAGGGUUUAUCUAAGACUGAAAGGUGCUGGAAAGUUUGCGAAACGUUUUGGUAAGGAACUGUAUUUGGUGCAAGAUGACCCAAGCGAGAAGGACUGGGCAUUUAGACAGAGGCCUACGGCUUUACGAUUGGCGGUUCGCGUUCAGGCUUACAACUGUGUUCGUGUGGAGUUUGAAGACUUUGCAAAUCCUGGUGACGUUUUAUAUGCGAGCUCUAGCGGGCUUAGACUCACACGACGGCGUGCAAUGCAGUUCAAGCGUUGGUUUCAAUUUGAACUCGGUUGGGAUGGGGAUUUGCAGAGCCUACGUCAUCGACGCUGGUUCAUCGAUGCUCAAUGCUCCGUCACCGAGAUUACAUCUGGUGACAUGGAGGAUUACAGACCUUCUUCCCUUACUACCAGAGUUAGAGCGAACUCAGCGCCAGAAAUGGAAAGUUUGACCGACGUUUUCGUUUUUGAUGUAUUUGGGCUUUGGUUCAUGAUUAAUCAAGUUACAAAUGGUGUUCUGAAGAAACUCCAAAAAACCAAUUCGAGCAAAAUCGCGAUAAAGUGCUAUGCGUUUUCUGCGGAACAAGCCUUGACAAGAAGCACUCAUCUAAUGGCAACUUGA